AGCUGCUCUCCCCUUCCCCCUCGAGUCGUAUUCCACCCUCCGAAAAGAGAUCACAAGAUCCUAUUUCAAAGGAAUUUCUUGUUCUCUCUCCCGUGUCCUCUCACUGUAGUUUCCUUAAUAUUAAUUAUUAUUGCGAUUACCAUCAUCUCCCCGUGCCACAUCGUGCUCUCUCUCUCUGUGCGUGUGUGUAUUUUUUCUCCUUCUUUUCCGCUGCUGCUACCUCACAUGCUGACGUAAAACAUAAAUCAACCAGCAACCAAACAGAAACAAGAAUCCCUUGCGAUAUUGUUGAGCUUCGCUCCCGAAUAUAUAUAUAUAUAUAUAUAUAUAUUAAAAGCGCGAUUGCGCCGUCACUGGCACCGUCAGCCAAACAACACAACACAUCUGAGCGCUGCUGCUCCUUCCUCCGUCCUUCCUCCCCUUCGCUUUCCACGCUCCACGUGCGUUCUCACAUCAGUACUAUUAUUAUUAUUACUAUUGAAUUGUGACAGCGCAGCAUCGCCCUUUUGUUGGUGUUCACAUAUAUAUAUAUGCAGAGAGAGAGAGAGUUUUUCUGUUUGGUUCUUGUCUGCGCAUCUGUGGCACGCCAGUCAUGGAGCUUCAGGCGACCAUGGCGCUGGACAGAGACGCGGUGAACACCGUGACACUGCGGCUGCUUCCCCCGUCCACCGCCCCCGCCUCCGCCACCUGUUGGCUUCUCCUCCACACCGUUCCCAUCACCGCCAGCCUCUCCCGCACACUCAGCCGGUUGGUCUCCAUCGAGGAGACGGCCAUGGCGCAGGCCCCGCUGGAGCUCACACCACCGCCGACAACAUCCACAGCAGCGAUGACGACACGACCAGCGGAUGGCAUCACCGCAGCAACGACACGAAGCAGCGCCUCGCGGCGACUCGGCGAACAGACGUCUGCUCUUUCUUCCGCUGCUGCUUCCCAUUCGCCCUCGCCGUCUCCUUCUGCUGCCUCCUCGGAGUCCAGCGCGCCGUCGUCGGUCAACGCGUCGUUCGCGCAGGCCCAGACGGCGGGCUGGGUGGAGCUGGUACGUGUCGGCUACAUCGUGAGCGAGAUACACGCCUACUGUAUUCUGCUGAAGUGCCACUGCCCGUCACAGGCGGUGUGGAUGAAGGCCGCGCUGGAAGAGGGCGCCGCGUUAGCUGUGACGGCCCCGGUGGAGUUCGUGAGUGAUGAGCAGCCGACCACUGUCACCCGGCGCACCUUUGCGGAGACGUGGGAAGAGGGGAAGGUGGCGGCGGCGCGUGAAGAAGGGCGAACCGACGCGGGCACUUCGCCGGUAGAUGGAGGUGCAGACACGCAGAUGGACGCCGGAGUGGCGAUGGGAUCCGCCGCGCCGCUCCUCGCCCCACACGCGCGGCGACAACAGCGGAUGCGGGAGACGCAAAACGAUGGCGACGGGGCUCGUGUGGUUGUUGGUGAAGAGGGCAGUGCGGACGGCGCGGCGGGGCAGGGGCAGAGGUGGCGCACCGAAGUUCACGUCAUGUCGCUCUUCGACGCGGUGACCACGAUUUACUCGGUGCGGGACGGGGAGGGAGGGGAGAACGACGAGGCCGGCGGCGAGGAGGUAGACGAGCACGAUAGUAGUGCUGGACGGCGGGCAUCCGAGCUGCGUCGGUCCCUCCGUGAGACACCACCGCAGCAGCAGCAGCAGCAAGAUGGCAAUAAUAACCGCAGAGGUGGUCACAGUCGUUUCUCGCAGGUGCUCCGACGGCCGGCCAGCGAUCAGGCCCUGUCAGCGCCCUCUUCUCCCGCGCCCUAUCACCGCAAGUCCCCCAUGGCGUCUUCUGCUGCGGCAGUAACCGCGGCGGAAGGCUCUAGAACACCACCGAUGGCGGGCGCCGGUCGUGCUCGUGGGGCGAUGACAGCUGCGAAGGGCGUUGCCCCGCCACCGUCGCCGCAUACCGCCCGAUUCAAUCGCCAAGCACACACGCCACUGCACCUACCGAACCCAUGCGGGGGGGAGGCGGGCGCUACGCCGCUGCGGCUUGACAGCUCCAACACGAAGUACUAUGCGAAGGAUCCUCAGCAGCGGGGGCGGGCCGCAGAGGGGUCCUUGCCCGUAUCACCAGAGGCGACAACAGCGGGCUGCCUCCGCGAAGAGUUCUGCGCCAUUUGUCAAGUAGACCCGCUGCGCAGCGCCGCCUGCGUGACGACGCUGUGUCAGCACUCCUUCCACCUGCACUGCUACGCGCAGCUUCCGUCGGGGUCCGCAGAGUGCCCGCUGUGCCGCUUCUCUGUCUACGAGCUGCUGAACGACGCUCGCUGCGAGGUGUGCGGCACCUACGAAGACUUGUGGGUGUGCCUCAUCUGCGGCCACGUCGCCUGCGGGCGAGCCCGGCGGGACCAUCAGCAGGAGCACUACCGCAGCUCCGGCCACUCCUGCGCGUGGCAGAGCAGCACGAACCGCAUCCGCAACCUCAGCUCACGCAUGUUCCUCCACCAGGAGGUGGCGCUGCUGCUGGACGAGGCGGAGGCGGACGAGGCCGCGCCGUCGGCGUCCGCUGCAGCCGGGGAUGGAGGUGGCUUCGAUCCGCUGCGUCACAUGUCCUGGGCGGAACCCGUCGACUCCGACUUGCGGGAGGCGCUGAACGAGAGCAAAGAGGAGGCCGUCGCGCACUACUACACGUCGUUUCUUCAACAGCUGGCGGAGGAGCAGCGGCUAUACUACGAGCAGCGUCUGGCGCAGCUGCGCGGUCGUCGUGAGCGUCGUCGCUGGCGCGCGGAGAUGCGGAAAGAGGAGGCGGACGAAGACGCAGUGCACAAGCGGGGCGCAGAGAGUGGAAUGUGCCACCAUGGCGCACAGCAACAGGCGUCGCCCUACGCCUCCGUGUACGCCGUUGUUCGCGAGGAGCGGCGGCAGCGGCGGCACGUGCUGGCGGAGUACGUCCCCGCCACGGUGCAGCUUCUCCAGCAGGCGCAGCGGGCCUCCACCAGCUUGUACAACACCCUCAAGUCAUCACGGGAUGACGUGCAGCAGCAGGUGCUGCUCCGCUCGCACUUCAACGCGGGACUGGUCACGGAGCUGGGGCAGGUACGCCAGCGGACGCGCGAAGCGGAGAAGAAGGGGGAGAAGAACCUGCAGGUGAAGAGCGCUGAGGAAGCCGCGCUGCAGAAGAAGGUGGAGGAGGCGCUGUCGGCACUGUAG